CAGUUACAUAUGAUGUUGACAUGUCUGAAUUAUCCUGCAGCAUUCAUCCCACUACCUGGAGGGGAAAUGAACGCAACAUCUAUGAAUCCUUAUCCGCAUUUUGUACAAAAUCCUCCGUAUGGAGGUGGGAUGCCGCCACCUUAUCCUUCAACUAGUGCUUCUGGUUUUGGAGGCUACCCCAGCUUCCCCUCGUACUCGACCAGUGGAUAUCCACCUAGUCCUUACUCACCUGCAGCAUAUCCCCCAGCCAAGCAGCCGUCACCACCAAUGCCAGCUAUGAAUAGUGGGAAUUCCGAUACAAUCACAGAAGAGCAUAUACGAGCUUCAUUGAUAUCAGCAGUUGGUGACAAACUGCGUAGAAGAUUAAUCGAACAACACUCACAAUUGCAGGCAGAACUGGAGACUCUUCGUCGUACCCAACAAGAACUUACAAAUGGCUCAUCGAAACUCACGGAUUUGUUCAAUAAAUUACAGAAAGAGAAGCAGGAAUUGGACAAAAAUGUUAAUAUCCUCCAGGACAAGGAGACUGAGCUUGAAAGGGAAAUUGCAAAACUUUCAGAGAAUCAAUCCAUUGAUGUUGAUGAAGCUGUAACUACUAUUGCACCUUUAUAUAAACAAAUGUUAAAUGCUUUCGCUGAAGAGGCAGCCACAGAAGAUGCAAUUUAUUACCUCGGAGAAGGUCUUCGACAGGGCUCCAUAGAUCUUGACGUAUUUCUCAAACAAGUUCGUCAAUUAUCUCGUCGACAAUUUAUGCUACGAGCACUGAUGCUACGCUGCAGGCAAAAAGCGGGUCUUGCCGGUUGAUUAUACAUGAAUAAUAUAAAAAAUGAAUGAUUAUCCUACUGUUGAAGAUAAAUACUUGCUGCAAACUCAUAUUUUAUCGUGUACACUAUUUUACUAAUAAUGAAGAACAAUGUAUUUAGAUAAGCAAAAUCGUCUACUGUAAUAAAUAUGAUUGUUUCAUUUUAUGUAUUAGUUGAAUAAUAAAGAAAUUGAUGAUAAAACCUCCAGUAGCAUUAAUUACAAUCAUUGCAGAAUAUAAAAUAAACCUUUUUAUUAAUCGAAUUGAUGAAUUAAUGAAUUCGUAAUGUUUACGGUAUUCGUGGAAUGUGACAAUACAUCAAAGGAAGAUAUAAAGUCCAGAGGUAAUCACUUUGCGGUUCAGAUGAA